GGCGCUGUAAGAACUAUUCUUUUCAGCAAACGCACACAGUGCCAGAAUCCUGGCGUGAAUAUCUGAUCUAAUCCGAACGAUUAGAGGCACCACAUCUCGUGGUCUUGGCGGGAGAGAACCUUGAAAAUUCGGGUAUAAAAGAGGCUGAGCACUUAGUUUUGGGCAUCAGUCUAUUUAUCUGUGCGGUGAUUAAGUUAGAAUCCGGGAUCAGUGAGUUCUUUCUUGUGGAAUUAAAGUGCCAAAAAAAAUCAUGGAGAAAACAUUGAUCCUGGUAACGAUCCUGGUGAUCGUGGCCAGUUGCUUGGCAUUUCCUGGCGGAUACGGCAGCGGAGGAGUCGGAGUCGGAGGACACGGAGAUCAUGGAGGACAUGGAUCAACAGGAGGAUUAACUGGCGGCUUUUCAGGUGGCUUCUCAAAUGCCCACAGCAGUGCCAGUAGUAGUGCUCACAGUAGUUCAGGUACCUUCCAUGGAGGUUUUGGCGGCACUGGAGGACAUGAUGGUGGUCAUGGAUCUCAUGGGAGUACCGGAGGGCAUGGAUCUCACGGCACCGUUGGAGGGCAUGGAUCUCAUGGAACCGUAGGAGGGCAUGGGUCUCAUGGGAGCAUCGGUGGCCAUGGUAGUCAUGGUCAUGGCGGUGGUACCGGUGGUGGUGCCGGAGGUGGCUUUGGCGGUGGCCAUGGUGGUGGCUUCGGUGGAGGUCAUGGCGGUGGUUUCGGUGGUGGACACGAUGGAGGACACGGAGGACAUGGAAGCCACGGAAGUCACGGAAGUCAUGGAAGCCACGGAAGCCAUGGCAGUCAUGGACAUCAUGGAGAUGACAGUGGUAGUGAUGAAUAUGGUGGUCAUGGAGGUGGUUUUGGCGGGGGAUACGGAGGAGGAUUCGGCGGUGGAUACGGAGGCGGCACUGGUGGCGGUUUUGGCCAUACAAAGGGUGGAUAUGGGAAAUAA